CCUUCCUCCUUCCUCACCUCGCCACAACCACAAUGGUCGUCUACACAAUCUCCUCUCCCUCUCCUCUCGGUUCUUGCCCAAACCUCUCCCCAACCCAAUGUCUCCCAAUCUUUCACGCUCACCUCUACCCCUGCUCGCUCUCCUCCUCUGCCUCGCAUCCCGAGCCGCCGCCUCCUCCUCCUUCCCCCUCCCCACCAUCGCCAUCGCCGCCGUCGGCACCAACACCACCUCCCCGCACCACCUCGCCUGCGGCCUCGUGUCCACCGGCACGGGCUACCAGCUCUCCUGCGCCAGCGUGUCCAACCGCUCCGCUAGCCCCCGCAACUAUGGAUACGGCGGCGGCAGCAGCACGCCCUUCUCGGCCAUCGUCGCCGGCGACGGCUACCUCUGCUCCGUUGGGCCCACUUCGUCGCCGCCAAUGUCCAUGCGGUGGUGGGAUUUGAAUGGCAGCGAUGACUUGUCCAAGAGGGUGUACAGGGGAGCAGGGCUGUCCGCCGUGGCGGGCGGCGGGGAGUAUGUGUGCGCCCUCGUGGAUAACAAGAUCAAGUGCUGGAGGUGGGCAUGGGGGGCCCUGCCAGAAGACGUGGGUUUCUCGGCGAUGGCCGUCGGCGGUCGGUUCGUCUGCGGGCUGGUGGUCGGGACAGGGGAGGUCAAGUGUUACGGCGAUGGCGACGCGGUCGGCCGGGAGCCGAGGGGCAGGCACAUGCUGAUCUCCGCCGGCGAGAGGCACGCCUGCGCCGUCAAUCACGCUGGUAUGCUGGGGUGCUGGGGAGAGACAGCGGCUAUCGCGGCCGCGGCGCCACCGAAGCUCAUUCGCGCGGUGUCCACGGUGGCCGUGGGCGACGCGCUCACGUGCGUGCUGUGGGGGAACUGGACCGCCUCCUGCUGGCCGGAGGAAGUGCCGCCGGAGCUGGCGCAGCAGCAGUUCGUGGCGCUCGAGGCGAAGGGGAAGGUGGUGUGCGGGGUGCUCAUGUCCGACUACGCGCUCGUGUGCUGGGGCGGAGGCGUCGCGACCGGGGUGAGCAAGGUGUUCGACAAGGUUCUGCCUGGUCCGUGCGCGCCAUCCAAGUCGUGCCCGUGCGGCGUCUGGUCGGGCUCCGCUCCGCUCUGCGGCGUCGGCGGCGGCGCUGCCAUCUGCUACCCCUGCGGCUACACUCCUCCCCUGAUGGCGCGCACGCCAACGUCUAACUCGUCAGAGUGGACACCUCACGUCAGGAAGAAGCGGCGGCCGAGCGAUCUCGUGAUCGCAAUGAUCAGCGUUGGAAUUGGUUCAGGCCUCGUGGCACUCUUCGCCGCGUUCUUGGUCGCUUACUGCCUGCGCCGGCGCAGCCGCAGCCGCAGCAGCGCCUCUCAGGAUUCCGGGCGCAUCCACGCGGAGCCGGCGAUAACCCCGGCGCCGCGCGUGCCACGCCGGCUCAGCAUGCUGCUCUCCAAGGGCCCGAACACGACGGUGGAGCAGUUCCCCCUGGCGGCGCUCCGGGCCGCCACGGACGUCUUCUCGCCAACCCACCGCAUCGGGUCCGGCAGCUUCGGCGCCGUAUACCGCGCGUCCCUCCCCGACGGUCGCGAGGUCGCCAUCAAGCGCGCGGAGCGGCGCGACACCGGCGCCUCGUCCUCCGCCGCCGCUGCGGCGGCGCGUCGCGUCAACCACGAGUCGGCCUUCAUCUCCGAGCUCUCGCUCCUCUCGCGGCUGAACCACAAGAACCUGGUCCGCCUCCUCGGAUUCUGCGCCGACGGCGGCGAGCACAUACUCGUGUACGAGUUCAUGCGCAACGGCACCCUCCACGACCACCUCCACAAGCGCCCCGCCCCGCUCUCCCCGCCGCUCGCCUCCUGGCCGUCCCGCCUCCGCCUCGCCCUCGGCGCCGCGCGCGGCAUCGAGUACCUGCACACCUACGCCGUGCCCCCCAUCAUCCACCGCGACAUCAAAUCCUCCAACAUCCUCCUCGACGGCUCCUGGUCCGCCAAGGUCUCCGACUUCGGCCUGUCGCUGCUCAAGAACCUGGGCACCGGAGACAAUGCCGCCGGCGACGACGCACCGUGCGUCACGGCCGGGACGGUGGGGUACAUGGACCCGGAGUACUACCGGCUGCAGCGGCUGACGGACAAGAGCGACGUGUACAGCUUCGGGGUGCUGCUGCUGGAGCUGCUGUCCGGGUGCAAGGUGAUCCAGAGGUACGAGGGCGGCACGCCCAAGAACGUCGUCGAGAUGGCCGUGCCCUACAUCGAGGCGGACCGCGUGCACCGGGUGCUCGACAUCCGGCUGCCGCUGCCGACGCCGGGGGAGAUGGAGGCCGUCGCCUACGUCGGGUACCUGGCCGCGGAUUGCGUCCGGCUGCCCGGACACGAUCGGCCAUCCAUGAGCGAGGUUGUCGGAGUGCUCGAGCGGUCCGUGGCGGCAUGCGAAGAGUAUGAGGACGGCGGCGAGGCAGCGCUGUCGCGGUCGUGCACGGAUGGGUCGACGACAAUGUGAUGUGGCAAAUCGAAGGCAUGCCGUGCCAUUCACCCUGCUUGCAACAACACUGGGGAGUUUCUAGGAUUUUUUUGUUUUGUUUCUUUUCUCUGUUUUGCUGAUAUCUAUCAUUGACAUAUUGCUAGUAUUAGUUACACAUUCGUUUAAAGGAUGGAAAUAUUAGUGUAGAUAGGGGUUUUCUUUCUUGCAGUUGUAGAUCCUUUAACUGGAGACUUUUUUUUUGCUUUACUUAGUUGGUUGGCCUGAAAACAAAUGUACAUUCCUAAGUUUUAUUAUAAGCUGACUGUGAUGUUGGUACUGAAUAAGUAGAGAACAACA